AUGAGGCUGCGGCUCCUGGUGGCCGCGCUCUGCGCGGGGAUCCUGGCAGGGGCGCCCAGCGCGCGGGCCCAGCACCCGGACAGAGUGACCUGCACGCGCCUCUACGCCGCGGACAUCGUGUUCCUGCUCGACGGCUCCUCGUCCAUCGGCCGCAGCAACUUCCGCGAAGUGCGCGGCUUCCUGGAGGGGCUGGUGCUGCCCUUCUUAGGGGCGGCCAGCGCUCAGGGGGUGCGCUUCGCCGCAGUGCAGUACAGCGACGACCCACGGACAGAGUUUGGCCUGGAUGCCCUGGGUUCAGGAGUGGACGUGACGCGCGCCAUCAGGGAGCUCAGCUACAAGGGGGGCAACACACGCACAGGGGCUGCCAUUCUGCAUGUGGCUGAGGAGAUUUUCUUGCCCCAGCUGGCCCGCCCUGGUGUUCCCAAGGUCUGCAUCCUUGUCACAGAUGGCAGGUCCCAGGACCUCGUGGACUCUGCCGCCCAGAGGCUCAAGGGACAGGGUGUCAAGCUGUUCGCGGUGGGCAUCAAGAAUGCCGACCCUGAGGAGCUGAAGCGAGUGGCCUCCCAGCCCACCAGCGAUUUCUUCUUCUUCGUCAACGACUUCAGCAUCUUGAGGACGCUCCUGCCCCUCAUUUCCCGGAGAGUGUGUACAACAGCUGGUGGCGUGCCAGUGGCCCUGCCCCCCGAUGGCUCAACCUCUGGUCCCCGAGACCUGGUGCUGUCAGAGCCCGGUGGCCAAUCCCUGCGAGUCCAGUGGACAGCGGCCAGUGGCCCUGUGACGGGCUAUAAGGUCCAGUACACGCCUCUGACUGGACUGGGACAGCCUCUGCCCAGCGAGCGGCGGGAGGUGAGUGUCUCCGCUGAAGAGACUAGUGUGCGGCUGCAGGGCCUUCGGCCGCUGACCGAAUACCAAGUGACUGUCACAGCCCUCUAUGCCAACAGCAUCGGGGAGGCCGUGAGCGGGACAGCUCGGACCACUGCCCUGGAGGGGCCAGAGCUGGCCAUCCAGAACUCCACAGCCCACAGCCUCCUGGUGGCCUGGCGGAGUGUGCCAGGUGCCACCGGCUACCGUGUGACAUGGCGUGCGCUCACUGGUGGGGCCGCACAGCAGCAGGAUCUGGGCCCCGGGCAGUGGUCAGUGUUACUAAGCGGCCUAGAGCCUGGUACGGACUAUGAGGUGACUGUCAGCAUCCUGACUGACCAUACUGAGGGCCCUACCACCUCCCUGACGGCCCGCACCGAUGCUUCUCUGGAGCAGACCCUGCGUGCGGUCAUCCUGGGCCCUACCUCCAUCCUUCUGUCCUGGAACUCAGUGCCCAAGGCCCGCGGCUACCGGCUGGAGUGGCAGCCUGAGAGUGACAUGGAGUCAUCACACAAGGUGCUGCUGUCCUCGGAUGUGACCCACCACCAGUUGGAUGGUCUGCAGCCCAAUACCAAGUAUCACCUCAAGCUCUAUGCUCUGCUGGAGGGGCACGAGGUGGCCACACCUGUCACCGUGGUCCCGACAGGGCCAGAGAUGCCCGUGGGCCCUGUGACAGAUCUACAGGCCACCAAGCUGCCUGGGCGGCGGGUGCAAAUGUCCUGGAGCCCGGUUCCUGGUGCCACUGAGUACCGUGUCACAGUACGCAGCGCCCAGGGGAUCGAGCGGACCCAGGUGCUUUCUGGGAGACAAACAAACCUGGAAUGGGAUGACUCGUGGGCUGGGCCCACCUACACGGUGCGCGUGUCCGCGCGAGUGGGCACCCGAGAAGGCAGUGCUGGCGUCCUCACUGUUCACCGUGAACUGGAAACCCCACUUGCUGUCCCAGGGCUGAGGGUCGUGGCAUCAGACGCAACCAGAGUGAGGGUGGCCUGGGGGUCUGUGCCCGGAGCCAGUGGAUUUCGGGUUACUUGGAGGACAAGUGAUGGUGCUGUGUCCAGCCAGACGCUGUCCUCAGAAUCUACCAGCAUGGACAUUGUGGGGCUACGGCCUGGAACCUCCUACCAGGUGGCUGUGUCGGCACUGCGAGGGAGAGAAGAGGGGUCCCCUGCAGUCAUCACCGCUCGAACUGACCCCCUGGGCCCAGUGAGGACCGUCCAUGUCACUCGCACCAGCAGCUCAUCUGUCACCAUCGCCUGGAACAGGGUUCCGGGUGCCACAGGAUACAGGAUUUCCUGGCACUCAGACCAUGGCCCAGAGAGAUCCCAGUUGGUUUCCGGGGAAGCCACAGUAGCUGAUCUGGAUGGACUGGAGCCAAAUACUGAGUACACAGUGAGCGUGAGGGCUCAUGCGGCUGGUGCUGAUGGGACCCCUGCCUCUGUGGUUGUCAGGACUGACCCUGAUAGGGUGGGCAGUGUGUCCAAGCUCCAGAUUCUCAAUGCUUCCAGCGAUGUUCUUCGAGUCACCUGGGUGGGGGUCACUGGAGCCACCGCCUACAGACUGGCCUGGGGCCAGAGCGAGGGUGGUCCUGUGAGACACAAGAUACUCCCCGGAGACACGGAGUCGGCAGAGAUUCGGGGCCUGGAAGGAGGAGUCAGCUACUCUGUGCGAGUGACGGCGCUUGUUGGGGACCGAGAAGGCGCACCUGUCUCCAUUGUCGUCACCACGCCACCUGAGGCUCCGCCCACCCUGGAGACCCUUCACGUAGUGCAGCGAGGGCCUCACUCGCUGAGGCUGCGCUGGCAACCAGUCCCCGGUGCACUCGGCUUCCGCCUGCGUUGGCGGCCCGAGGGAGGCCGUGAGCAGUCUCGGGUGUUGGGGCCAGAGCUCAGCAGCUAUGAACUGGACGGGUUGGAGCCGGGGACCCGAUACCACCUGCGGCUGAGUGUGCUCGGGCCGGCUGGAGAGGGUCCUUCGUCGGAAGCGACUGCACAUACUGAGUCACCUUGGGCCGCAAGCACUGAACUACAUGUGGUGGAAAGAGCCAUUGACUCCGUGACUCUGACCUGGACCCCAGUGUCUGGGGCAUCCAGCUAUAUCCUGUCCUGGCGUCCCAUGCGAGGCCCCGGCCAAGAACUGCCUGGGGGCUCGCAGACACUCUCGGGGACAACCAGCUCCCAGCGGGUGACUGGGCUCCAGCCCGGUGUCUCCUACAGCUUCUCCCUGACACCCAUCCGCGAGGGUGUGCGGGGUCCCGAGGCCUCUGUCACCCAGAACACAGUGUGUGCCCAGGGCCUGCUGGAUGUGGCGUUCCUGCUGCACACCACCCGUGACAACGCUCACCGCGCCGGGGCUGUGAGGCGAGCCCUGGAGCGUCUGGUGGCUGCCCUGGGGCCUCUUGGGCCACAGGGGGUCCAGGUUGGCCUCCUGUCCUACAACCAUCGUGCUGCACCCCUGUUUCCGCUGAACAGCUCCCGUGACUCUGGGGUCUUACUGCAGAAGAUCCGCAACAUCCCCUACACCGACCCGAGUGGGAGCAGUGUGGGCACGGCUGUGGGCUCAGCUCACAGGUACCUGUUGGCACCAGACGCUCCCGGCCGCCGCCGGCAUGUGCCAGGGGUGAUGGUCCUGUUGGUGGAUGAGCCCUUGCGUGGUGAAAUCUCACACCACAUCAGUGAGGCUCAGGCUGCUGGGCUCCGAGUGGUGAUACUGGGUCUGGCGGGAGCUGACCCGGAGCAGCUGCGCCACAUGGACUCAGUCCAGACCUUCUUUGCUGUGGACGAUGGACCAAGCUUGGACCAGGCAGUCAGUGGCCUGGCAGCUGCCCUGUGUCAGAUAGCCAUGACCACUCAGCCACGGCCAGAACCUUGCUCCGUGCAUUGUCCAAUGGGGCCGAAGGGGGAGCCUGGAAAGAUGGGUCUGAAAGGACAAGCUGGGAUUCCUGGCCCCCCCGGUCCCCCGGGUAGGACAGGUGCUCCUGGGCCCCCGGGGCCCCCUGGAAGUAUCACUGCCAAGGGAGAAAGGGGCUUUCCUGGAGCAGAGGGGCCUCCAGGCCGGCCCGGCCACGCUGGGACACCCGGCUCCCCUGGCCUGCCUGGCCUGAAGGGCUCUCCGGGGCGGCCUGGCCCUCAAGGAGAACCUGGAGAGCGAGGGCCUCGUGGCCCGAAGGGGGAGCCGGGAGAGCCUGGGCAAGUCUCCAGGGUCGACGGCCCAGGGCUCCCUGGACGGAAAGGGGAGCCUGGACCAAUGGGGCCCCCAGGAUCUCGUGGCCCACCGGGGGACCCAGGACCCCGGGGUGCCCCUGGAUUUCCUGGCACAGCCUUGAAGGGUGACAAAGGUGAUCGUGGGGAACGGGGCCCCCCUGGACCUGGUGUUGGUGGGACGGCCACUGGCGAGCCCGGGCUGCCGGGUCUGCCUGGAAGUCCCGGACCCCAAGGCCCAGCUGGCCGCUCUGGAGAGAAAGGAGAAAAGGGCGACUGUGAGGAUGGAGACCCAGGCCUCCCCGGGCAGCCUGGAAGCCCGGGACAGCGGGGCCUGCGGGGACCUCCGGGAGAUGUUGGCCCCAAAGGUGAACAGGGUCCUCCAGGGACAGUGGGUGAGACUGGAGAGAAGGGUGAACGUGGAUCCCCUGGCCCAGUGGGACCCCAGGGGCUGCCAGGAAUGGCUGGACGUCCCGGAGUUGAGGGUCCUGAGGGCCCAGCAGGACCCGCCGGCCGCCGGGGAGAGAAGGGGGAGCCUGGUCGCCCCGGGGAGCCUGCCGCAGUGGGACCCGGUGGUGCAGGAGCCAAGGGAGAGAAGGGAGACAUGGGGAGCACUGGACCCAGAGGAGCUGCUGGAGUCAAAGGGGAGCGGGGCCCACCCGGGCUGGCGCUUCCUGGAGACCCUGGCCCUAAGGGAGAGCCUGGAGACCGGGGUCCCAUUGGCCUCACUGGCAGAACAGGCCCCCCGGGGGACUCAGGCGCUCCUGGAGAGAAGGGAGACCCUGGGCGGCCUGGCGCCCCAGGACCCGUGGGUCCCCGAGGACGAGAUGGUGAAGGUGGAGAGAAGGGUGACGAGGGGCCCCCGGGCGAACCAGGUCUGCCUGGAAAGGCCGGCGAGCGGGGCCUGCGGGGGGCCCCUGGAGCUCGGGGGCCUGUGGGUGAGAAAGGGAACCAGGGAGACCCCGGCGAGGAUGGACGGAACGGCAGUCCUGGACCAUCGGGCCCCAAGGGUGACCGUGGGGAGCCGGGUCCCCCGGGAUCCCCUGGACGGCUGGUGGACUCAGGACCCGGAGCUGGAGAGAAGGGAGAGCCUGGGGACCGUGGACAGGAGGGUCCUCGAGGACCCAAGGGUGACCCCGGCCCUCCUGGUGCCUCUGGGGAGAGGGGUAUUGCUGGGCUUCGGGGGCCCCCUGGCCCCCAGGGGGACCCAGGCGUGCGAGGUCCGACAGGAGAGAAGGGUGAUCGAGGGCCCCCUGGGCUGGAUGGCCGCAGCGGGAUAGAUGGGAAACCAGGAGCCCUCGGCCCCCCUGGGCUGCCUGGUACUACGGGCAAAGCAGGGGACCCAGGGAGAGACGGGCUUCCAGGUCUCCGAGGAGAACACGGGCCCGCCGGGCCCCCGGGAGCUCCGGGAAAGCCGGGCGAGGACGGCAAGCCUGGCCCGAGUGGGAAAAACGGAGAACCUGGUGACCCUGGAGAAGACGGGAGGAAGGGAGAGAAGGGAGACGCAGGUGUCCCCGGGAGAGAAGGUCCCGAAGGCCCCAAGGGCGAGCGUGGAGCUCCCGGGUCCCCGGGCUUCCAGGGCCCCCCGGGUCCUGCAGGGCAGGUUGGCCCCGCUGGCCAGGGGUUUCCUGGCCUUCCUGGGGGCGCAGGUCCCAAGGGUGACCGUGGGGAGACUGGACCCAAAGGAGAACAGGGCCUCCCCGGAGAGCGUGGCCUGAGAGGAGAACCGGGGAGCGUGGCGAAUGUGGAGCGGCUGCUGGAAAACAUUGGCAUCAAGGCCACUGCCCUUCGGGAAAUCAUGGAGACCUGGGAUGGCCGGCGGGGUGGCCCCAAGGGGGAACCCGGUGAGCGGGGCGCCCCAGGCAAGGAGGGGCCCAUCGGCUUCCCCGGAGACCGCGGACUCAAGGGAGAGCGUGGGGACCCUGGCCCUCAGGGCCCACCGGGCUUGGCUCUGGGGGAGAGGGGCCCCCCUGGAUCUCCUGGUCUAGCUGGCGAGCCAGGGAAACCCGGCAUCCCGGGGCUCCCAGGCCAGGCCGGGGCUGUGGGGGAGACAGGAAGACCCGGAGAGCGGGGAGAACGGGGAGAGAAGGGAGACCGAGGAGAAGAGGGCAGAGUCGGCCUCCCGGGCCCCCCUGGCCCCCCAGGUCCCCCUGGACCUAAGGUGGCUGUGGACGAGCCAGGCUCUGGACUCCCCAGAGAGCAAGGGCCCCCUGGAUUCAAGGGUGCGAAGGGGGAGCCUGGCAGUGAAGGCGACCGAGGCCCCAAAGGCGACAGAGGAGUUCCAGGCCUCAAGGGAGACCAGGGAGAGCCCGGACAGAGGGGUCACGCUGGCGCCCCUGGGCUGCCGGGAGAGCGCGGCGUGGCGGGGCCUGAGGGGAAGCCGGGUCUGCAAGGUCCACGGGGGGCACCUGGCCCAGCGGGCAGCCACGGAGACCCUGGACCAGCGGGGGCCCCUGGUCUUGCUGGUCCUGCGGGACCCCAGGGACCUUCUGGUCUGAAGGGGGAGCCUGGAGAGACGGGACCACCAGGAAGGGGCCUGCCUGGGCCUCCUGGAGCUGUGGGGCUGCCCGGCCCACCCGGCCCUUCCGGCCUUGUGGGUCCCCAGGGGUCUCCAGGUUUGCCUGGACAAGUGGGGGAGACGGGGAAGCCAGGAGCCCCAGGUCGUGAUGGCACCGGCGGGAAGGAUGGAGACAGAGGAGCGCCGGGCGUGCCGGGCUCACCGGGUCUGCCCGGCCCCGUCGGACCUAAAGGAGAACCUGGACCCAUGGGGGCCCCUGGACAGACUGUGGUUGGGCCCCCUGGAGUAAAGGGGGAGAAGGGAGCCCCUGGAGAUUUUGCUGGACACCUGCUGGGAGAGCCGGGAGCCAAAGGGGACCGCGGCCUGCCGGGGCCACGUGGCGAGAAGGGUGAAGCCGGCCGUGCAGGGGAGCCUGGAGACCCUGGGGAAGAUGGUCAGAAAGGUGCUCCAGGACUCAAGGGGUACAAGGGUGACCCAGGAGUCGGGCUUCAGGGCCCCCCGGGGCCGAUCGGUUCACCUGGUCUGAAGGGAGACUCAGGCCCCGCCGGGCCCCCGGGGCCUCCUGGUGCUGUGGGGUUCCCUGGUCAGACAGGCCCUCGAGGAGAGACGGGCCAACCGGGCCCCAGCGGAGAACGGGGGCUGGCAGGUCUUCCGGGGAGAGAAGGACCUCCAGGUGCCUUGGGUCCCCCAGGGCCCCCAGGGCCAGCGGGAGCUGCUGGGGCCUCUGGACUCAAAGGAGACAGGGGAGACCCCGGCGUGGGCCUGCCUGGGCCCCGAGGCGAGCGCGGGGAGCCAGGUGUCCGGGGUGAAGAUGGCCGGCCUGGCCAGGAGGGAGUCCGAGGACUUAUGGGGCUCCCAGGUGUCCGGGGGGAACGCGGGGAGAAGGGUGACGCUGGAGCUGUGGGACUAAAGGGUGACAAGGGGGACUCGGCUGUGACCGUGGGGCCGCCAGGAUUCCCGGGUGCCAAGGGGGAUAUGGGCGAACGCGGGCCUCGGGGCGCAGAUGGUGACAAAGGGCCCCGAGGAGAGAGUGGGGACCCUGGAGACAAGGGAGCCAAGGGAGAGCCUGGUGACAAGGGCUCGGCCGGGUUGCUCGGAGCACGGGGACUCACAGGACCGAAGGGCGAGCCUGGUGCUGUAGGGACCCCUGGGGACCCGGGACCCCCAGGAAAGGACGGAGCCCCUGGUGUUCGAGGAGACAAAGGGGAUGCCGGCUUCAUGGGCCCCCGGGGCCUCAAGGGCGAACGGGGGAUCAAGGGAGCCUGCGGCAUGGAUGGAGAGAAGGGAGAUAAGGGAGAAGCUGGUCUCCCCGGCCGCCCUGGGCUGGCAGGACGCAAAGGAGACGCAGGGGAGCCAGGAAUGCCGGGGCAGUUGGGAGCCCCUGGGAAGGAAGGCCUGAUCGGUCCCAAGGGGGAUCGAGGCUUCGAUGGCCAGCCUGGACCCAAGGGUGACCAGGGCGAGAAAGGGGAGCGGGGACCCCCAGGAAUCGGGGGCUUCCCAGGUCCCCGUGGCAAUGAUGGCUCUAGUGGCCCCCCUGGGCCACCAGGCACCGUGGGUCCCAAAGGCCCCGAAGGACUUCAGGGCCAGAAGGGAGAGCGGGGCCCUCCUGGAGAGACUGUGGUGGGGGCUCCUGGGGCUCCAGGGACCCCUGGAGAGAGAGGGGAACAGGGGCGACCAGGGCCCGCAGGCCCCCGGGGAGAGAAGGGAACCGCGGCACUGACGGAGGAUGAUAUCCGGGCCUUCGUGCGUCAGGAGAUGAGUCAGCACUGUGCCUGUCAGGGCCAGUUUAUUGCAUCUGGAUCACGACCCCUGCCCCCCUAUGCCGCGGACACGGCCGCUGGCUCCCACCUCCGAGCCGUGCCUGUGCUCCGGGUCUCACAUACCGAGGAGGAAGGACGGCUGCCCCCUGAGGAUGAUGAGGACGAGUACGCUGAGUAUUCUGAGUAUUCCGUGGAGGAAUACCAGGAGCCUGAGGCUGCGUGGGAUGGCAAGGACCCCUGCUCACUCCCGCUGGAUGAGGGUUCCUGUACUUCCUACACCCUGCGCUGGUACCAUCGAGCUGGGGACAGCGGAGCGGAGGCCUGUCGCCCUUUUGUCUACGGUGGCUGUGGGGGGAACGCCAACCGUUUUGGGACCCGUGAGGCCUGUGAGCGUCGCUGUCCUCCCAGUGUGGUCCAGAGCCAGGGACCAGGUGCUGCACGGAGCUGAGACUGGAUGAUGGGCCAGAAUUCGUGUCCCCGCGGAACUGUCUCAGUCGGACCCUGCUGUCCUCUCUUGGUGCUAGAGGCCUGUGUGCACACAAACACGCACGUGCCUAUCCGUCAUUUCAGUGACUUGGUCCCUGGGUCUCGCCUUCCCCCCGAGGACAAAUCCCCAUUGUGGCUGCUGCCCCUGGCAGAUGACUCAGUGCAGGGGUGGCCGUGGGCCCUGCGGGUGUGGCCGUGCCUCACCCUCCCUGGA